AUUAUUUUUUAUUCUUUAAUUAUCAUGCAGCCAAUAUACCUAUUAAACUUCUAAUAUUAUGGACAGAGAAUACGAAGCAAUUGUUAGGAGACGUAAUCGAAAUCGUCGACCCCCUCCUAAUGAAAUUGAUCGUAUUGUGAAUGAAACUUUUCAUAUAUGGUUUAGUUCUCAUGUUCAAAAUAUGGGAAAUGACAUCUCAAAGGAGCUCAGAUGGCUUGCCAAAGGACCAAAUAUUGUGGCAAAACAAUUUGAUAGUUAUAGUAUUAAUGGGUUUAAAUUUCGUACUAAGGGUUGCGAAGAGUUUUUAAAAUCUCAGAAUAGUGGUGUUGUAGUUACUGCUAAAACUACAAGUUAUGCAAGUGUUAGAGAUCAAAAUCCUGUAGCUGGGGACGUUACAUAUUACGGUAGAACUAAGAACAUAGUUGAAUUAGAUUAUUAUGGCGUGUUCAAAGUUCUUUUAUUUAAGUGUGAUUGGGUUGACACUACUAUUGGCACUGGCUUGAAAAAGGAUGCCUUUGGGUUCACCCUUGUGAACUUCAAAUGUUUAGUACACACUGGUGAGCAUAUUAGGCACGAACCAUUCAUUCUUGCUUCUCAAGCUAAGCUGGUGUACUAUGUUGAAGAUCUCAGGGAUAGUGAUUGGUGUGUUGUUGUCCAUGUGAAACCUAGGGACUUAUUUGACAUGGGCAACGUAGAUUCACAAAAUGAGAAGGAGACAUAUAGUGAGAAUGAGCCAUAUCAUUCUCAAAGUGUGGAAAGUAUUUUUAAAGAUAAUGGUGAAUCGAGCUCGUUAGAGUAGAUGUGGAUGGAGAGACACUUAAUGAACCCUCUAAUGUUGUUUCGAAUAAUUCCAGUGGUGAAGAUAUAGAUGAAGAUGAUCUGUAAGUAGAAUAACAAUGAUUGUAUACUAUGUGAUGAAUAACAUUCAUAAAGGUAUGCCAUUUCGUUUAAUAUGGUAUGUGAUUUUAUUGAUCGCAUAAGAUUUCCUUCACUUAAAUUCACUAUUAAGAUUAUUUGUUUAAAAUGUAGGCAAUUGAAAUGGCAAGAACAAAAAGAAGCCGCCAAAUUACAAUUUUAACAGAAGAAAAAGCUAGGCUGCAGAGCCAAGCUUUUGGGCCAAUUUUUGGGUAGUAUUGCUAAAAUUGGUGAGAUUUGUUCAUUGGCAAAAGAUGAUUGGUGAAAGUUCACCAAACUUGAAAUUGAAGAGAUGCUUAAAGCUGUGAAGGUAUGUAAGUGCCCCAUAAAACACAAAUAGUCACUUACAAAAUUGCUUCACAGAAUUUGUCUCUCUAAUUUCUCUAAAUAUGCUACUAUUGCCUAAUGUACCAAAUAUGGUUCAUGCAUACGUUCUUGUUAGAUUCUGAAACGCAGUUUCUUUUCUAUUUGGCAUUUGUUUCUCUAUUUUGAUUUUACUGUUCAAAGUUUUACU